AUGCUCUCCAGCGGCAAACAGUUGCACCUGAAUCCUUGCGCAGUCCUGCUCCUAUUCGUCCUUGUUGGGAGUGUUGCUGGAGAUGGAAAUGAUACCUCCGGCUUGAGCCUGAGUCGUUCGAAGCGUUUUGCCAUUUUCAACGGUCAGGGCACAAACAAGAUUGUCAUCGGGUUAGCGUUUCCCGUCAAACAGGAGGAUACUGUGAGGUCGGUUGUGGGAUUUAUCAACUACCAAGCGCAAUACGUGCCAUCGCCUAUCCCAAUUUACUGGUGGAGUUUCUGGAACACCUCGACAUUUGUGACCACGGCCAGGGAAUGGAGGCAAAACAUUCAGAGCAGGGUUUUCCAGGACAAGACACGAAUUUGGUUGUAUGAUGUCGUGGAAACGGGCUUGGAGCGGCUAGGAGAUCGGAAUGCCGGUGCCUGUCUGCUCAGAAGUAUCUGUGAGAUAUCCCAACGCCCCUUAAUGCACAGCAACAUUUUCAGUGAGCUACUCAAUGCGGUACUGGUUCCAUCAUUAGACAACGUGCCUGAGAAGUAUUUACAUGCCAGGGAUGCGGGAAAAGCCGGUGCCAAUUGUUGGAAAACCUACAGUGACUGCAGCAAGAAGUUUUGGAAGCGACUUAUUCAAAUGGCAAAGAUAUCUAUCUAAAUAAAUAAAAAAAAUUACCCACA